AUGUCGGCCGCUUCCCGUGCGCCGAGCAUUGCUGAGCGCCGUGCUUCGGCUGCGGUCCGACAAAAAAGCCGGCCGACUUCCGCUUCAGUCACUUCAGCUGGCGACGAAAGCCGAGACGAAUCGCGAAUACAUAACCGCAAGACAUCAACGAUCACCACCACUACCGACAUUCGACGCGAUACCCUCACGCGCGAGGCUUUGGUCAAGCGCACCACAUAUGCUCCUGCAAAACGCCCCGAUGCCGUGAAUCAAAAUCGUAGAAGUGCCGACGCGGAACGAGCUUCACCGCUGGAUAAGGCUUCGUCGCGACGGGAAUUGGAUGAGAGCGCAGGGUCAAUAUGGAGUCCCCGCGCGAGUCUCCUCUCGCCAUCGACAGCACCAUUGGCCUCGCGAAUCUCAGUUCCGCCCACUGCAGCUCACGCGCCAGCAUCAAUACGUCCAACGGCUCUCGGCUCCCUCUCAUUAGCAGCGCAAGAGAAGGCGAUCAUGGAGGAUUUACUGUUCGUACUCAUGGGAUUUGAAGGACAAUACAUUCGUUACAUGGAAUCAUAUAAUCCCCUCGAUGAGAAGAGCAGGCUUUCGGGUCCACAAUUUUUUAUAUUGCCUGGACUCGAUCCCAGCUUAAGGGACCUGGCACACGGAACUUUGAAGACCGCAACACAUUUCAGCGCUGUAGAAGCCUUUGUAGAUGUGCAGAGCCGGGAAGAGAUGGGCACAGUUAAUCACGCUCUUUGCGCUGCCAUGCGUAAAAUGCUGAAAGACUACAUGAUCCUGAUUGCGCAAUUGGAGCAUCAAAUGCUCACAAAUCCCUCGUUCACUCUACAUCAGCUGAGCCUCCAUACACGGCCCACCGCCCACAUCAUGCUUCAGCUUUACAGUGUCGCACAUGAGAUCCUGAAGGAGAACAGUAUGUUACUGAACGAGGAUGAAUUAGAUCAGUCUGAUGAUCUGGAAAACAUACUGGAGUCUCUUCGCGAAGGCAAAGAUGCUCCACUGCCAGGCAAAAAGGUCUGCAAGGGCGGAUCAGUGCUUCGUCUGUUGACACGACGACUUGCUUCGAUGGCAGGCGAUCCCGCAGCACGCCAGUCACUUUCAAUAUUGCUCAAAGAGGCUAGCAGACCAUAUAUGACGAUGUUGAAUGAGUGGCUACAUCACGGCAAUGUCCGUGAUCCGCAUCAAGAGUUCUUGAUAAAGGAGCAGACGUCAAUCCGCCGCGAAGGACUAGAACAGGACUACACCGACGAGUACUGGGAGAAGCGGUAUACCAUACGACUGGAUUUGGUGCCUCCGCAAUUAGAUGCGGUCAAGGAUAAAGUAUUACUGGCUGGUAAAUAUCUGAAUGUGGUUCGAGAAUGUGGUGGUAUUGACAAUCUCAGCCGAGAUCUUGAUGCAAGUACAGAUGUACCGCAUACUUUUGACGACCCGCGUUUUGCAGAGAACGUCAGUGGAGCGUACGCUUUCGCCAACAAAAGCCUCAUGGCACUACUUCUCACGACUCAUGCACUACCAGCUAGGCUUCGUAGUCUGAAGCACUAUUUCUUUCUCGACCGCAGCGAUUUCUUCUCGUACUUCCUUGAACUCACUCAGUCUGAGCUUAAGAAGCCGGCAAAAAGUGUCAACACUGGGAAACUGCAAAGUCUGUUAGACAUCGUCCUUCGACAACCAGGUUCGGUUGCUGCGGAGGAUCCAUUCAAGGAAGACGUCAAAGUGGUGAUGAACGGUGUUGGCUUGACCGACUGGCUGAUGCGAGUUGUGAAUGUUCAGGGUAUGGAUGCAGACGCAACUUCUUUGUCCACGCACACUCCUGCUGCCACAAGUAUCAAUGGCGACAAGGAGGAGAAAGAGAUUUUGGGUUAUGGCGCUCUUACGCUAGACUAUGCAGUGCCCUUCCCGCUCUCCCUGGUGGUUAGCCGGGUUACGCUGACCCGGUACCAACUGCUCUUUCGCUACUUACUGAGCCUUCGGCACCUGGAGACAAUUCUCACGAACUCCUGGACAGAACAUACCAAGGGCAAACCUUGGCAACACAAGUCUAAAGCCGAUACUGCCACCGCUCGCAGGAUUGAGAAUUGGAAGCGGCGAGUUUGGUGCUUGCGCAGUCGAAUGCUCUGCUUCGUGCAGCAACUGCUCUACUUCUGCACAUCUGAGGUUAUCGAGCCUAAUUGGUUGGCUUUCAUGUCAAGGCUGUCCCAGGCCAACGAUGAGGAGCAUGUAGAUGGCGUGACUGGAACUUCCAACAAAAUCAAGCGCACUGUGGAUGAACUCAUGCAGGACCAUGUUGAUUUUCUGGCGACGUGCUUGAAGGAAUGCAUGUUGACCAACUCACGACUUUUACGGAUUAAUUCCAAGGUUAUGACGACUUGCACGCUCUUUGCAAACUAUACUGCAUCACUUUCUCGAAUAUUAGUAGCUGCUGAUCCCGAACUUGCGUCGCAUCAGACUUCGCCCACUUCUGGAACGACGAACGACCGUACCGCUUACGACCCUGCGAAGCUCGACAAGCUAUUCAAUAUCUUGAACCAGUACGAGACUCAUUUCAAGCAUCACCUGAAGAUCCUGCUCGACGCUCUGAAUUACCUUGCUGCAACUGAGACUGCUGUCUUUCUUGCAUUGUGCGCGCGACUCAGUAUGGCGAAUGAAGGCGGCCCUGGAGGAGGGCCUGGCCCUAAUGCGUAUGGUUGA